AUGGGAACAGGCUUCAAGGAACUGUUUAUUAAGCCUCUGAUAUUAGUUACGUUAUUCCUGGUAUCAAGCUGCUUCUCCACUUUAAAAAAUGGAAGUCUGGCCGAAUUACAUUUUACCAGAGAUCAUUACAAUGCAACGAUUCCAGAGAAUGCUCUUAUCAAAACGUAUGUCAGAACGGAAGAAAAAAUGGGCAUAUAUUGUUCAGAUGACGACGUUAUCGUACGUUAUAAGAUAGCAUCCCAACAAAAGAUCAAAUUCUUCAAGGCUGAAGAAAAGAAGAUCGGAAACUUUUGGUUCCUUUUAGUUCGAACAAAGACUGAUUACGAUGUUCUGAACAGAGAACGACAAGAUGAAUAUGUCUUAGAAGUCAAAGCUACAGUUACAACUUCUACCGACAAGUCAAAAGAUAAAAAAAAAAAUAGUGUUUCGUUAGAACUCCAUGCUGCUUUAGUUGUAACCGUGCUUGAUACCAAUGACUUAAGUCCCUUAUUCUAUCCGGUUAUAUAUGAAAAAACUAUACCAGAAGAUACGCCACUCCAUUCUAGUGUUCUAAAAGUUUCAGCUGAAGAUGCUGACAUUGGAAUGAAUGGUGAAAUAUACUAUAGUUUUAAAGAAAAAACCAAUCAGUUUGCUAUGCAUCCGAGAACUGGUGUCAUAACAAUUACUAGAUCGUUAAGAUUUGAAGACAGAAGAUCGUACGACUUUGUCGUUGAAGCUCGAGAUCGGGGCAUUCGAGGACGUUCUAAACCAAGUAGUGCGAAAGUAAAAUUCAACAUCCAACAAGUCAAUAUAUAUAGUCCCGAUAUUUUUAUCCAACAUUUACCACACGUGGUCGAGGAAUCUAAUUGUGACAUAUACGCAAUCAUCAAAGUCACAGAUAGAGAUUCGGGAGUAAAUGGUAUUAUACGAAGCUUGGAAAUUGUUGAUGGUGAUCCUGAUGGUCAUUUCAGAAUUAAAGAAACUGGACAUAGUGGUGAAUAUAAUAUUGUCGUCCUCAAUAUGUUGGAUAGAGAAACGGCUCCAAAAGGUUAUAAUCUAUCUCUUAGAGCAGUUGAUUCAGGAACGCCUGAAAGAGAUACUUACAGGUCGAUUCAUAUAGAACUCGCCGACGUUAACGAUAAUGCUCCAGUGUUUGAACGUGAACUAUAUGAAGUAAAUAUCGCUGAAACCGCACCAGUUAAUUCGCCUGUUAUUAAAUUAAAAGUAAGUGAUAAAGACGAAGGUAAAAAUGCACAAGUGUCUUUAGAAAUCGUCGGUGGUAAUGAAGGUGGAGAGUUUCGAAUAAACAAACGGACAGGUAUGCUUUACACGGCUGUAGUUCUGGAUGCUGAACAUAGAUCAUCUUAUACUCUCACAGUCAGUGCUAUUGAUCAAGGAAACGCUGGAAGUAGAAAACAAUCCGCCGCAAAGGUCAAAAUAUUUGUUGUUGAUGCUAACGACAAUGAUCCUCUGUUUGAAAAAUAUCUUAUGGAAGUAUCCAUCAAUGAAAACGAACCUGCCGGUACAUCUGUUGUAAAAAUAAGUGCACGUGAUAAAGAUUCAGGUGAAAAUGGUUAUAUAUCCUAUAGUAUUGCUAAUUUAAAACCUGUGCCUUUUGAUAUUGAUCAUUUCACCGGACUCAUUAAAACAACUCAUCUUUUAGACUUUGAAACUAUGCGAAGGGAAUAUGUGCUUCAUAUUAGAGCAUCGGAUUGGGGAUAUCCAUACAGGAGACAAACUGAAAUGAAGUUAGUGAUUAAACUGAAAGAUGUGAAUGACAACAGACCGCAGUUUGAAAAAAUUGAUUGUAAAAUACAAGUUCCUAGAUUUACUGUCAUAGGUAAAGAAAUCAUGACUAUGUCUGCUGUAGAUUUUGAUGAUGGUAAUUUUAUAAGCUAUCGGGUCGAAUCAGGCAAUGAAGACAAUUGUUUUUCAAUCGAGUCAUCAUCGGGAGUACUUUCAGUAACUUGUGACCUUUCUGACAUAGGUAUGGAAGAACGUACCGUAAAAAUCACUGCCACUGACGGUUCGCAUUAUUCAGACCUGACAAGUUUACAUAUAACAUUAGUGAACGCGAAAAAAACACAGGCUGCUGAUGAUUCAAUCAAUAUCGAAUGCCGAGAAACGGGAGUACUUCGUAGAUUGAAUGACGCCAUUGAAACUGCAAAAAAGAACAAUAUCGGUGAAGAUGAUGAUUUUGCCAUGAUGCCAAGCAGGUAUGGAGAAAAUGUACACAAGCCCGAGUUGGUGAAUUUCCCUAGUGCUGUACAAGUUAAUGAGUCUGUGCCAUUAGGAUAUACGAUACUAGCUAUUCGUGCCAGAGAUAGAGAUCUAGGUUACAACGGAAAAUUAGUGUAUGGUGUCUCUGAUGGUGACGACGAUUCCCUGUUCAGAAUCGACCCAGAAACCGGUGAUUUAAAUGUAGUAGGAUAUCUAGAUCGAGAAACAAGAGAUGAAUAUGAAUUAAACGUUACAGUGUCUGAUCUCGGUAAACCACAACACACUACGUGGAAGUUACUGAAAGUUAUAAUUCUAGACGUCAACGACAAUGCUCCCAAAGUUGAUAAAAGAGUUUCUAGUUUUCGAGUCAGUGAAAAUGCUCGAAACGGGACAGUAAUAUUCAAAAUAAAUGCUCAAGAUCCUGAUCAAGGAGAAAACGGUAGGAUAGUUUAUACAUUGACCACGGACACAACUCAUUUUUCGGUUGACAAAACUUCAGGCAAUCUGUAUGUAUCCGGUCGCUUGGAUCGAGAACGCCAAGAACUAUACGAACUGAAAGUUACCGUCUCGGACUGUGCUACUGAACCGUGGACUUUACACACAGAAGCUUUGAUACGCAUUAUUGUUGACGAUGUGAAUGACAACGCUCCAGAAUUUCUCGUACAAAAUUACACCGUCAAGGCUUUGGAAGAUUUGCCAAUUGGUAGCGUUGUUGCAAUCGUUACUGCAGUUGAUCCUGAUCUCGGCAAAGGUGGAAUAGUGUCGUACUCAUUAGAAUCAGAUUCUUCAUCAGAAGUGGACGAAAAAACGUUCGAAAUCGAUUCCAUUUCCGGAACUGUCCGAACAACGAGUGAAUUAGAUUUCGAACAGAGACAAGUACACACACUAAUUGUGAGUGCAGUAGAUGGUGGUAUGCCCUAUUUAUCUUCACAAACAUGGUUAAUAAUAGAAAUUGUGGAUGUAAACGAAAACAUGUUCGCUCCUGAGUUCGGCAGUUUUUAUGCCACUGCAUUUGUUGAUGAAAACGAACCACCUGGGACUCUAGUUACCAGAGUGAGUGCUACCGACGCAGAUCCUCCUGGAGACGUGUCAAGAGUUGGAUAUUCAAUUGUAGACGGUGAUGGUCUAGGUUACUUCUCAAUCGACAGUGAAGGUAUUUAUACAUUUUUUAUUAGGUACUUACAUAAUCAAAUGGCUCAGGUUAAGAAAUAUCUACAAUAUUAUUUCAAACCAUAA